AUGCUUUUGGGUCUACGCGUCAAUGGUAGAGCCGUCGUAGGACCAUCCGAUAGUAGUGCAAGUGCUUGGACCACGUUUUUGGGUCGUCAACCACCAGAAAAUCACAUUAAAGGUAGACAUAUCCGUAUCUCUUGGUUAAAACAAAUAUUAGAAGAAACUGAAAUAUCUGAAAAUUCCUCCCAUGAAGAACUCAUUAUAUAUACAAGAAUGUAUAAUAUAUUGUGCAUUGCACUUACCUUAUUCCCUGAUAAAUCGGCCAAAGAUAUACAUAGUAUGUGGAUACCAUUUGUUCGGGAUUUGCGGCAGUGUCGUGAAUAUAGUUGGGGAUCGACUGUGUUAGAAUUUCUAUAUAGGGAAAUAUGUAAAGUAGUUAAAGUUGAUGUUGAUGAUGGGCUUCGACCAACAAGAAAAAAAAUUGCUCUAAAAAUUGCUCUAAAAAAUGCUCUAUUAGCUUUCUCCAUUUUGCCCUCCAACAAUCUUCUUCUUAUGCUAUAUAAGUGA